AUGGUGCAUCCCAGUAACACAGGGGGCCUGGGCUUUUUCCUCUACGUCAGUACCGGCCCACAGGACCGGCGCAGCGGUGCAGCCAGACUCGUUAGUCCAACUUUCCAAGCAACCACAACCAGCUGCUGCUCUCUCGUGUUCUACUCCCACCUCUACGACUCGGCCACCAGCAGCCUCAACAUCUACUACAAACCCAGCUCCGGCGUCAUGCAGCUCGUGCGCACCAGGGACGGGGACCUGGGGGAUUACUGGUUCAGGGAGAAGGUGGACUUCAAUGUGACCGAGAGCUUCCAGAUCAUUCUUGAGGGCGUGAUCGGAACAGGACCCAAAGGCAGCAUGGCCCUGGAUGACCUGGUUCUCUCUCCAGGCUGUGUCCAGGUUGCAGCCAGUCAGGUCAUCACCCCCCGGCCUGCCUCCACUGACCCCACCACGCCCUGCGCCCCGCAGGAGUUCGCCUGCGACAAUACGAAGUGCAUCAGUGCAGAGCUGGCCUGCGACUUUACACAGACGUGUGACGACGGCUCCGACGAGACGUACUGUGGGGCAUCGACCUUCGAGGCUGGGGCUAGGGGCUGGAAGGACGUCAGUGUGGGCCAGCUGCAGUGGGCGAGGCAGAAAGCCAGCGAGGCCUUACUGCCUGGGACAGACCACACCACCAACACCUCCGCAGGGAGUUACCUGGGCGUGGCGCUGGCUCCAGGCCAGGUGGUGUCGGUGGCCAGGGCUCGCACCCCGUGCUGGGCCCCUCGGGCCUGGCCUGCUCCGUGGAGAUGCACUACUGGCUGCACAGCGACCCCCAAGGGUUCAUUGCGCUCGGCAUCGUGGAUCAGGCCCUGGGGCUGCACAGGCUGGCCUGGCACACGCAGGGCAAUGGCAGCACGGCGUGGACACACAUCUCCGUCCCUCUUGGGGAGAGAGCCAGACCCUUCCAGGUGGGCACCGCAGCCUCGUGGGCGCUCCGAGGGCAGCUUGGGCACCGCCUUCUGCCAGUGCUGCAGCCCCAAGAGCAAAGCACUGAGCCGGGGGAGCCUGGGGGUUAAUGGGCUGGAGCUGACGGCUCUGGUGAAGCUGCGAGGCCCCGUGGGGCAGAGUGCUGCUGUGGACGAUGUUGCCUUUGUGAACUGCGACCCCCGCUUUACCCCUCCAGACGCCUCGGAGCUGUCUUGCAACUUUGAGACGGGGCUCUGCGGCUGGUACCAGGAGCAGAGCGGUGGCUUCGAGUGGGCGCGAGGCACAGGGCUGGGGCUGGGCUCUGACCACACCACAGGCACAGGCUAUUUCUUGUCCGUGGAUCUCUCCGCCCAAAGUACCUGGGGCCUGAGCGCGCGUCUCAUCACCUACCCCCAGGACCCUCCCACCAGAGAGCAGUGCCUCUCGUUCUGGUACCGCCUGGAUGGCCCUCAGAGUGGCACGCUGAACCUAAAGAUCCAGCACGAUGGGGAGCCGGAGACGGUGCUCUGGACCCAAACGGGCUCUCAUGGCAGCACGUGGCACCUGGGAUUCGCAACACUCAGUCGCCAGGCUCUCCAGAGGUACCGGCUGAUCUUCGAGGCUCUCCGUGACGGGUACCUGGGGAACAUGGCCCUGGAUGAUGUCACCGUGCGAGCUGGAGCCUGUGGUCCCCAGAAGUCCUGCUCGUUCGAGGCCAAUGCCUGUGGCUUCUCCUCCAACUGGCAGUACACCUGGGCACGGCAGAGCAACGCCACGGGCACUGCCACCGCCGGCCCGCCCACUGACCACACCACGCGGACAGCCCGAGGAUAUUACAUGAUUGUCGAUACCAGCAAGAGCUUCCUGCCCCGUGGGCAAGCAGCCACUCUGAGCUCUGGGCAGUACAGGCCCCUGACUGGGCCACAGUGCCUGGGCUUCUGGUACCAGCUGAGCCCCAGUGACCCAGGUUCUCUGAUGGUGUUUAUGAAGGAGAAGGGGGUGCAGCGGAGGCUGUUCAGCGUGAGCUCAGUGCAGGGGGAUGCUUGGCGCUAUGGUAAAGUGACUGUCCAAGCGGCUGAGGACUGGCAGGCCGUGUUCGAGGUGGUGAGUGCUGGGGGUGAGCUCUCCUAUGUCGCCCUCGAUGAUCUGCACCUGAAGGCCGGCAGCUGCCCAGAGCCAGGUUCCUGUGACUUUGAGUCAGACACUUGUGGCUGGACCAGCCCCUCAGACCGCACCCUGGGCAGCUACGCCUGGGGCUGGAGGAGCGGAGCCAGCCCGGGCCCCGAGGUGGACCACACGCUGGGCACGACAGCAGGUCGCUACGUUUACUUUGAUGUCAGCGUGCUGGGUCCCGGGGGGAACGCCGCCUGGCUGCUGAGUGAGCACCUGCCCCCCACCACGGGCGCCUGCCUCCGCUUCUGGUACCACAUGGACUUCCCAGAGCACUUCUACAGCGGCGAGCUGAGGGUGAAGCUGUACAGCACGGCAGGGGAACUCACCGUCUGGUGCGCCCGAGGGCACCAGGGCCACGGCUGGCGGAACAGGACCAUCUCUGUGCAGAACACUCUGGAGUUCCAGAUUGUCUUUGAAGUGGCCAAUGGCAUGUGGCCUGCCGGGGGAACCAUCGCCUUGGACGAUAUCACGUACCAUGCUGGAGAGGGCUGCCAUGGCGACGGUUUGGGCCAGAUGGCAGGUGGGACACCUGCCCCAGGCGCUGUGGCUGCCGUGGUGAUUGGCAGCCUCCUGGCCACGCUCUGCCUGCUCCUGCUAGCCUGGGGCAUGUGCUGCUGGCGGAAGAGGAGGGUGGCAGCGGGCAGGAUGCCAGAGGAGAGGGCCGCCAGCCAAGGCUUUGACAACAUCGCGUUUAGAGACGACAGGGUCACUAUAACUCCACUACCUGCGGAUGAGGAAGCAGAACCAGAUGCGAGCCUCUCAUAGUAGGCACCUGCUUGUACUGUAGCUGCACAUACAGAAUGAAACAUGGGUUCUGCAAGGCCUCACGCUCCUCCAGCAACAGUGGGCUCAACUUGCAUUUCCACGGCUACUCUUGAAACGGUUUUGCCUAUUGACUAAAAUGGAAGCUUUAGUUGAGACAAACAAGGUCAGCUGGAGGGAGGA